AUGGCUGACAGUCUGCAAAGGUGGGCCCUUAUACCGAAUAGAUAUAAAUGGAAUACUAAAAAGGCACCUCACAUAGCGUAUGCUUGUGUCGGUAUAUUUAGUACGGUGUUCUCUUUGGUUUCGCUUUUUGUGAAAGAAAGAUUAUAUAUUGGCGAAGCAAGUGUUGCGUCCAUUGCGGGAUUGAUUUUAGGUCCUCAUUGCUUGAACUGGUUUGAUCCAAUAUCAUGGGGUAAUACGGACUACAUCACAUUGGAAAUAUGCCGAAUUGUAUUGUGUAUUCAAAUCGUGGCGGUGGCCGUAGAGUUACCGAGAAAAUAUAUGAAAAAUCAUUGGCUUUCGGUUGCUAUUUUCUUGCUUCCGGUUAUGACAUGCGGUUGGUUGGUAGUUGGUUUAUUUAUUUGGGCUCUUAUACCUCAUUUUAAUUAUGCUGAUGCUUUGUUGGUUUCGGCAUGUGUUACAGCUACGGAUCCUGUUUUAGCAGCUGCUGUUGUUGGUAAAGGUAAGUUCGCAGAACGAGUACCGGGCCAUUUGAGAAAUCUACUUACUGCAGAGUCUGGCUGCAACGAUGGUAUGGCUUUUCCAUUCAUCUUCUUGUCACUAAAUCUAGUCGUUCACAGUGGUCAUGCUCGUGAAAUAGUAAAGAAUUGGUUUUUGCUAACUAUAUUAUGGGAGUGUUUCUUUGGGAUACUUCUAGGAGUUGUGAUAGGUUACACUUUAAGGCAUGCGGUUGCGUUUGCCGAAAAGAAAGACUUGAUCGAUAGGGAAUCUUUUUUAGCGAUUUUCGUAUUCUUGGCCUUCAAUUCUGCAGGAAUUGGAUCGAUGCUAGGGGUUGAUGAUUUGUUAGUUUCCUUUGCUGCAGGAACUGCCUUUGGCUGGGACGGUAGCUUUGCAAGAAAAACUGAAGAAUCGCAUGUGUCUACUGUAAUCGACUUGUUAUUGAACUUAGCCUUUUUUGUUUAUUUCGGUGCAAUUGUACCAUGGUCUGAUUUUAAUAAUUCUGAUAUCGGUUUAAACUGCUGGAGGCUAGUUGUAUUAGCAUUUGUUAUCAUCUUUUUGAGACGUAUGCCGGCUGUAAUUGCUCUAAAACCAUUCACGCCCGAUGUUAAAACCUGGAGAGAAGCUUUUUUCUGCGGCCAUUUUGGUCCAAUUGGAGUGGGUGCUAUUUUUGCAGCUAUUUUGGCUCGAAAGGAUUUAGAGACUACUUACACUCAUGAGAAAGACCCUCUUACGAAAUUACCUUCAAAAGACUUUCCUCAUUAUCAGUUGAUCGCUGUUAUUUGGCCCGUCGUUUGUUUUAUUGUCAUCACAUCUAUUAUUGUCCAUGGCUCAUCUGUUGCAGUAUUAACCUUGGGAAAGAGACUUAACAGAAUGGCAAUUACUAUGACUUUCACAACUACAAAUACUCAGGAACAGGGACCAAGCUGGAUGGCUCGUUUACAAAAACUAGACCCUGCCUCAACAUCUUUUUCUUUACACAGAGUUGAUACUGCAGUGGCGACUCCUCCAGAAGAGGAAGGAGAUGAAUCCCAAAAGGGUAACACAAUUGAAACAAGCGGAAUCAAAGUUAGGCCAGCCGGAGGUGCCAAAAGAAGGAAACAUAAAAAGAAGAGAAGAGGGAGCCCUGGUUCAAAGAUUAAGAAGACUUUAUCUAAGGUUCACUCCCGUGAUGAACUGAAAGAGGAUAAGUCUGAAAGGCAUAGACCUCCGACUGAAUUUUUACAGCUAGGAAGGACUUCUUCGGGGGUUAAGUAUGGUGUUUCUGAAGAAACUGAUUCCCCUAAUACAGGCGCCACAAGCACUAAAGAAGAGUAUAAUGAUACAGAGUCUAGUCCCUCGUGGACGGAGAAGAAUGAAACAAACGGCGAAGAAGUAUCCCCCAAUGACACGACCAAAUCUGAAGACACAGCUAAAGAAGCAGGUCGUGUUGCCUUCAAUGCUUACCAAGAGGGAAAUAAUAUCAUCAUCGAAAGAGAUAAUGGUGAGGAAGUAGAAACGAUUCCAAUUGCCGAUGAUAACCAAAAAUCGGAUACUUCAAAGUCUGAGAAUUCAAAGAAACCCCUGGCAUCACCAAGUCAGUCUAGCACUCCAAUGAGGAGAUCGCUGAGAUCUCUGAGAUCUCUGGGUGACAACGUCAGUGUUCAUUCAUAUGAUUCUUUGCGUCGGCAAUUAUCAUCCUAUUCACCUUUCCCUCAACAUGAAGACGAAGACGAUAGUGAAUCCAUCAACUCAGAUGAAACAGAUAAUGAGAUCCAGUCUGUUACGAAGAAAAUAACCAGAACAAUGAGCGCACCAUUCAGAAGGAGGGCAUUUUAUAAAAAGAGUGACCCUAGUCAUCACAAGGUUUACGCCCAUCAAGUGGACGACUUUUUAGUAAUUGAAAAUGAAGAUGGUGAAGUCAUAAGAAGAUAUAAGGUCAAUAAGCAUUUGAACCCAGAAAAAGGAAGACCAAGAUCUUCGAGUAUAAUGGGAAAGGCAUUAAUGAUGGUAGGUCUCAAAAAAGACAUACCUGAAGACAAUCUUCCCCCUGAGAAGAAUUCAACAGCAUCAUUGAAUGAUGACUUAGAACAAAAUAAAAGGUACGAUAUUUUGAUUCCAGAGAGCGGAGAUCCGAAAUCACUAUUAUCAAAUCCGAAGAUUGAAAGUAAGAUUGAAACUAAGUUGACCAAUUUAUUAAACGCACCUGCAAAGAAGGGCGGUUUGAAUAUAUCACGAAGGUCCUCCAAGCAUAUAGCAAAAGAAGCUGUCGAAGACGAAUCAAAAAAGCAAGCUGCUCAGAAUGUAUCAGAUGAUUCUGCUUCUAAUGACAUUCUAAAGGAGAGUGAAGUCGAGAGAUCAAGAAGAUUGGCUGCUUUAGGUAAGUUACCUGAAGGAGAACGUAAUGACGAGGAUGAAGAAGAUGAAUAA